CCGCCUCUCCUGGAAAAUAUUUAAAGUCAGCUGGAUCUUGGCUUGGUCUCUUCAAAAAGAUCAAGACGACAAGAUACGUACAUUUCCUUGUGCCAGCUCAAGCCAAUUGAAAAAUUCAAAGAUGCCAAAUUGGGGAGGUGGAGCCAAAUGUGGUGCCUGUGACAAAACAGUCUACCAUGCUGAGGAAAUUCAGUGUAAUGGACGGAGUUUUCAUAAGACAUGUUUCCUAUGCAUGGGUUGCCGGAAAGCUCUGGACAGCACAACAGUAGCAGCUCAUGAAUCUGAAAUCUACUGCAAAACAUGUUAUGGGAGGAAAUAUGGCCCCAAAGGAGUUGGCUUUGGGCAAGGCGCCGGUUGUCUCAGCACGGACACAGGAGAACAUCUGGGACUGGAUUUACAGCAGCAUACAGUUUGCUACGCAAAGAAUUUUGGCCCUAAAGGAAUUGGAUUUGGUGGCCUCACUCAAGUUGAGAAGGUGGAAUAAGAUGCCAUGUUGAUAUUUCAUUUAGGCUAUCUAAAUAAGUAACCAUUAAAAGUUUAAUUUCUUACACAGUGGUUAUAUUAUAUUGUGGGAAAUCAUUUUGGAAAAAUAGCAUUUCAUUCCUGAGCAAUAGAACUCCAGAACAUUGAGAGGUGGACUGUUCAUAAAUACUGGUAGUUUCUGAAUCGAAAUUCUGGUUAUUUUAUCAAGAUAAUUGCACAGAUAACCUGACACUGUUUUUACACUUGUGCUAAUUAAGCAAAACUCAAUUCCUAGUCUUUAUCAUACAUCAUAUGAAACAUCAACCAAGUGAAGAUGGAACAUGAAAUAUA